ACGCACCAAGUCUAUCAACAGGCGGGUUAGCUCUGCUGAUCUCCAGUAUGUCCCUGUUUGCGCUGGCCUACCUCAAGUCUGAUUACAUCAGCAUUGUGCACGGCGAGUACCUGAGGAUGUUGGUGACCACCACUUUGUUCUGCAUCCUCGUCAGCCUGAUUCUGUUUGUCCUCAACAUCUUUGAAAUGCUUCCUGGCAGUAGCUCAGACUUGUGCUCACUGAUGUCAUUCUUCUAUGGGAGCAACACCUGUGUACACCUGGGCCACGUGGAGCUGAAAUAUUUCUUUUACGUUCAUGUUGGGCUGGUGGCCUGGGCCCUACUUGACCAGCUGAUUGUCUUGAACGUCAUUGUAGAGCGCCACAUCACUGCACCCGUGGCUUUCCUGCUGAUCACACAGUUCCUAUACAUUGGCCACAUGUUGCUGUAUGAGAAGUUUGUCAAAGCUGCUCCGUUCGUGUUAUAUGAGGGCCUCGGCUUCUUCUGGUUGAUGCGUGUGUUGAUGUAUUUGCCUUUCUUUCAUUCGCUGCCGCUAUAUUAUGCAGCUACCACGGAAAUAGUACUCUCUAAGCCAGCUAUCCUGGCAGACUGUGUAUUUUUCUUGUUUGGCUUUGUCAUUUACAUCAGUGCUUUACAUCAGAGAGAAAGCUUCCUUGCUGAUCCUAGCAAUUUCAAAAAAAUGAAAUCAAUUGUUGCCCAAAAUGGCAGGCGGUUGUUGGUGAGUGGCUACUGGGGGAUUGUCCAGAAGCCAGAUUACCUGGGCUACGUGAUUAUGUGGACAUCUUGGACAGUGGUGUGUGGUUUCAGCGGUCUGUCGGUCAUCGUGCUGCUGGUGAUGCUGGCGACCGUUUACAUGUGGUUGAGACAGAGCAGUCAGUUCAAGCAGAACAUGUUCGGUGGAGCCUGGACCAAAUACACCCACCAAGUUCCCAAACAGGUCAUCCCACACGUCUUCUAG